CAUUCAGAUCGCUCAGGCUGGGAACCGCGGCGGCGGCGGCGGCGAAGGGAGCCGGACCGGAAGGGUCGAAGCGCCCCGGCGCCCCUCACACCCACUGCGGCGGCGGGAGCUGCGGCGGCAGCGGGGCGGAGCGGGCGGGGCGGCCGGCCGAGCUCCCGGCAGGAGCCGCCAGCGCCGCCAGUCCGCCCUCCCUCCCUUUCCUCUGGUGCAGCGGCUGGAGGCGAGGAAUCUGACGACCGUACAGACUUUGGAAUAUCACAUGACACUACAUCAUGAGUGACAGUAAAUGUGAUAGUCAGUUUUACAGUGUGCAAGUGGCAGACUCAACUUUCACUGUGCUCAAGCGUUACCAGCAGCUGAAACCCAUUGGCUCUGGAGCCCAAGGGAUUGUUUGUGCUGCUUUUGAUACAGUUCUUGGGAUAAAUGUUGCAGUCAAGAAGCUAAGCCGGCCUUUUCAAAAUCAAACUCAUGCAAAGAGAGCUUAUCGUGAACUCGUGCUCCUAAAAUGUGUCAAUCAUAAAAAUAUAAUUAGUUUGUUAAAUGUGUUUACACCACAAAAAACUCUUGAAGAAUUUCAAGAUGUGUAUCUGGUUAUGGAAUUAAUGGAUGCUAACUUAUGUCAGGUUAUUCAUAUGGAGUUGGACCACGAAAGAAUGUCCUACCUUCUUUACCAGAUGCUCUGUGGUAUUAAACACCUCCAUUCAGCCGGUAUCAUUCAUCGAGACUUGAAACCUAGCAACAUCGUUGUCAAGUCAGACUGCACCCUGAAGAUCCUGGACUUCGGCCUGGCACGGACGGCGUGCACCAACUUCAUGAUGACCCCAUAUGUGGUGACACGGUACUACCGGGCACCUGAAGUCAUCCUGGGCAUGGGCUACAAGGAGAACGUUGACAUCUGGUCAGUGGGGUGCAUCAUGGGCGAGCUGGUGAAAGGUUGUGUGAUAUUCCAAGGCACUGACCAUAUUGAUCAGUGGAAUAAAGUGAUUGAGCAGUUAGGAACGCCAUCUGCAGAUUUCAUGAAGAAACUCCAGCCGACAGUGAGGAAUUAUGUAGAAAACAGACCAAAGUAUCCAGGAAUCAAAUUUGAAGAACUCUUCCCAGAUUGGAUAUUCCCAUCAGAAUCGGAACGAGACAAAAUUAAAACAAGUCAAGCCAGAGAUCUGCUGUCAAAAAUGCUCGUGAUAGACCCUGACAGGAGAAUCUCUGUGGACGAGGCCUUGCGCCACCCCUACAUCGCCGUGUGGUACGACCCCGCUGAAGCAGAAGCGCCACCACCUCAAAUUUAUGAUGCCCAGUUGGAAGAAAGAGAACAUGCAAUUGAAGAGUGGAAAGAGCUGAUUUACAAAGAAGUGAUGGACUGGGAAGAAAGAAGCAAGAAUGGCGUUGUCAAAGAUCAGCCUUCAGCACAGAUGCAGCCGUAAGCAGCGCCGCCACGCCUUCCCAGUCAUCCUCCAUCAACGACAUCUCGUCCAUGUCCACCGAGCAGACGCUGGCCUCCGACACCGACAGCAGCCUCGACGCCUCCACGGGGCCCCUCGAAGGGUGUCGAUGAUGCGGAAGGCACGGCGAGCCCGUCGUCCGUGAGGAACUCUCGCCUCCGUGGGCCUGUGGUGCCCAGAAGCUGAUGGAACCAAAUAGACACAGUCCGUGUUCUGCAUGUGAGAAACCCGGGGCCCUGCCCUGUCUAGUCCUCAUAGCAUCGCCUGCCUAGGGUUGAAGCAGGUUGUGUCUGAAGAGAUUUUGUUCACGGUCAUUUCAGGUGAGCCAUUAGAGUGGAUGAAUUUUUUUUUAAGUCGUAUGGUGAUCAUCGUGACGAUUUCUCAUCCUCAGUCACUGUUGGGACUUCUAUGCAUGUGACCACAAAUGCUUGCUCCGACUUGCCAUCUGUCACUUUGGAAAUCAGUAUUUAAAUGCCCAAUAGUCUUCCAGGUAGUGCUGCUUCUAGAAUUAUCUCUUAAUCCUCUUAAGUACUUGGCACUCUGUCCAGAAAAAAAAUAGAUGUACAUGUAUUAAUUGGCCACCAUCUUAUUAUCAUAUCUCACCUUUUAUGGUAUGAUUUAUUCUAUCUUUUGUAUUUCAGAAGGAAUAUAAUUAAAUCUAUUUAAUAAAUAAAAAAUAGAACUUUUAAAAAGUGUGUCAUGUUUGGGGCUCAGAGUGAUCUCUGCUGAAACCAUGACACCUGGGUGCACUCUGCUCUGCUCUCGCCAAGGCGUCUGAGGCUGGGGCUGCCCUUCAGCUUGACUGCAUGAUAACAUUUCAAGCUUUGGUCUGUGCUGUGCAAGACAUGUGUACCUUUAAAUGUUACUCUCCCUAACUCUCUUCUCUGGGUCUUCUGGACUUACUACUAACUUAAAAUGCUACCUAGAAAUUCACUGUAUUAGCCACCAUUUCAAUAAUAUGAUGGCAGAUAGCUCCGGGAACCCAUUGCCUGCCUUAGAGCAGAGUUUUACAGUGAUCCCUGAAGGCCACCCCGGGCACCUCCAGGAGUGCUUGCUCUGCCCGCAGCCCAGCAGGUCCCUGCCUACGUCGUUACUCCCGGUGUGCAUGACGUCACAGGCUGUGUUCUCCUUUACCUGUGUGUGAGAGUCAGCCUCCCCAGGUCUGUCUGAGGAACCAGACGGACCUGGUGCCUGAUGGUGGUUCCCCACGUGGUGGCCACGCCUUGCCCUCGGGGAAAUCCCGAGUGUUCUGGGAAAACUCUUCAUGGGGGUGUGGGGCAGAUGCCUGAAAGAGUAGUGAUUAACUGCUAAAUAUCCCCGAUUUAAACUGCUCACCUGAAAUGGAUACUUUCAGACUGUGCGUGUGGGCAGGACAGUUCACUGGGAUGCUGAGGAUCCAGGUGUCGCUGCAGAAGUGGAGCUGCCGGGGUCACGGCCGGUUCCCUGUGUGCUUGGUGCUUCCCCUUGAGCUUAUUCUGUUUCAGGUUCAUGUCUUAUGUUCAGUUAUUUUGGAAGCUGUUGGGUCAACAUCCUGUAGGAUUGUUUUGAGGAGGGAAAGCUUAUAAAUAUUAUCUAAAAUAUAUGAUUCUCUCUGCACCAGUUGUAUCUUAUUGGUUGGCCUUAUCACUGGGAAAUGGAACCUUUGAUGAGCAAAUGUAAUAUUGAAAUAAUAGUUUUAUAUUUUGAGAUUUAGACACAUUCAGGUACAGGAAGGAAAUACUAACUUCGACCGAGGCAGAAGCAACUUUUGUGGGAUUUGGGAUGAUUUUGUUUUGGGAGGCCUGAUGGUAUAGUGAAGAAAGCUAUUACUACGCAUAUAAAAGCAUCUUAAAAUGGCCUUGUUUGUGACCUACAUUCUUUUUAAAAGCUGUAGUAAAUCUAUCUUGAAAAAGAAAAACAAAGAAAGGGGAGAGGUUUUUAAAUGUACUGUGUGCCCUAAGCUAUGUUGAUGCAGCUCCCUGUGCUGAGGGUGCAGGGGGCCCCCCUCACCAGGCACCCCGCAGACAGGCUUCCCGCUCAGGCAUCCAUUCCUCUGUGUGCUCCGUGGUGGGGCCCGCAUCUGUGCGGACGGGUCUCCUGCUGAGACCACUGAGAGGACCGCAGAGUCCUGCGGGAGCGCCUCCCUAUGGCAGAGCCCUCACUCCCAAGUGAGCCAGCGAGGUGGGCCGGGGUGCGGGCAGCGCUCAGGGUGAACACUGAUGUGGAUGAGAACUGAAACAUGCUCAGUCUUCUCCAAUUCAUUUUUAUAAUUUAUAUUGUGCACAACCCUGGAAGUAACUAUUUUGGACCCAUAUUUUUAUAAGCCUGGUAAUUUGUCACUAGCCUGGAAUUUGGACUAGGUUUUGUUUCGUUUGUUUUUGGUCGAAACCAAAAUGCCUGCCUUGACUUUGUUGGGUCUUGACUUCCAGUGCAGGUUCCAGAGAGAGAGCAUUCUAGAAACACAUGCUACUCAUGGCUAAUCAGCUGGGAUCUGGAGAGGCUCACCCAGCUCUGGUCUUCUCUUUGGGAUGCAAACGAGAGCUGCAGAGCUGGGUCCAGGCACCCUCAGCAGGGCCCUUGCCUGCAGCUGGGGCCCCCCACCCAGGAGAGCCUGAGUGAAGGAAAGGCUGAGUGUGGGGGCAAGGAGGGGUCUUCUGCUUUGUCACCCAGGCAGUGCCUCUGAAGCUUCAUGCCAGCAGGAGAUACAAAUGUGACCUUUCAGAUACUAUAUCUCAAAAGUAAUGUCGCCUGAUGUUUUCUAAUGAAAUGCGUUAUGUGUGUUUUGAUUGGUGAAAAUAAUACAGAUACAUUUUAAAAGAGAA